ACUACAGUAAUUCCUUGCAGGGAUCCAAUGGACUUUGAAUAUUUUCCCAUGCACAUUUGGUUUAGCUUUGAAGUAUUUUAAUCAGGCAUCUUCACAAACACCUAACCCACAACAUUGUCAUCAGUUUGUAUAAUAUAGACAUGAUAUUAUUAUAGUGCUCGAAAACAUAUUCCUCCAGGUCUUCUGCUUCUUAGCCUUGGCUAAUGUUUCGUAAGCUAACCCGAACCCAGCCACGUGUCUGAUGAAUGUCUGCAGUCUGAUCAGAGGUCAGAGAGCAAAAUAUAGGGAAAAGGUCACCAAGUUGGCAACCAUCUUGCCUGAAACGUUCGUUGGAGAUAGGCACCAGCGCCCCUCCCGACCCCACUAGGGACAGAAAAUGGAUGGAGUUGGCAACCAUUAGACGGAUGGCUGGUGAAAGAUCUUCUUAUCUGGAGGACGUGGACGUUCCAGCUGUGGUCACAGUUCGCCUCAUCAGGUCGUUUGAACACAGAAACUUCAAGCCUGUGGUGUUCCAGCAGGUCAGCCUGAACCAGACCGCGCAGGACUUCAUGCGCCGUGUGAGAAACGAUAUUGCCACAAGGGAAGGACUUCCUCCUCCUUUCAGAAAGUAUGGAUACGACACUAUGAAGAUUAUCCAUCAAGCUCAUGGUUCAAAGACAAGUGAGUUGGUAUUGAGUUUGGAUGAUGAUGAAAAGUUAAUUUUACAAGAUGACCAAACCCUGAAAGCUGCUGGAGUUGCUAAUGAAACAGAAGUGGGAUUCUUCAGAAAAGAAGAUUAUGUUUUCCAUAAAGCAAACCCCAAAUCAAAAUGGUGAGCGGAAGUUUUCAGCUUGGUUCUUCCUGGAACAACAACCAGCAGAACAACCAGCAGAACAACAACCAGCAGAACAACCAGCAGAACAACCAGCAGAACAACCAGCAGAACAACAACCAGCAGAACAACAACCAGGACUUCCAUUGUGAUGUAAAAAUGUGGCUGUUGAUUUUAGCUGAAGGAACAGUAUGACAUUGACCUAUUAUGUCUCUUUAUUAAUAUGGUAUGUCUCUAAUACAUGACACCAUUGAAAUGUAUAUGUUGUGAUUAGUUUUACCAAUAUGUCAAUAAACUUUGAAUAACUGUU